AUGUUGUAUGUUGUGUUCCAGUCACAGAGGUCUUGGAUUGACAACACCUUCUGCAAGAGAGAGUGUAUUAAAUUCAUCCCAUCACGUCAAGACAUACACAGGUGAGCUGGAAAUGGGACUGGAUGUUAUCCAGGGUGUCAAGUAUGCCAAAACCUAAUAAGAUGCUGCUGUGGACGUCUGGUCGGGGAGCACAUCUGGCUGGAGACUGGCCCCUUCAUGUCCCACUGGCCUGGACCCCAGGCAGAACAGGAAGAGAGGUGGUCAGUGGAGUGUCACACACAAGCCAGUGCCACCGAUGCCUACGGAACCAUUGACUUCCAGGACAGCGCUGAACGUAACUGCCAUGCCAAGUACAUUCGUGUUGCGGUCGAUGCCGAAGCUGAGGCUCUGCUGCAGCUGAUGCUGAGGGAGUGGCAGAUGGAACGUCCUAAACUACUGCUGACUGUCCACGGGGGGGCAGAGAACUUCCCUCUCCCCCUCAAGGUUAGACAGGCCUUCAGCAAAGGCCUGAUCACCGCAGCCCAGAGCACUGGAGCCUGGAUACUCACAGACGGCAUCAACACAGGUGUGUCCCAGUAUGUAGGGGAGGCUGUGAAAGCAUACGGCACCCAUUGCCGCAGGAAGAGGAACGCUGUAGGGGUCACGCCCUGGGGCGUAAUUGACAACCACAGUGACCUUAUAGGGAGAGAUGUGCUCAGGCCUUACCAGCCCCUGAGAAACCCCUUGAGUAAGACGGUGUGUUUGAACAGCCUGCACUCCCACUUCCUGUUAGUGGACGAUGGAACUCUGGGAAAACAUGGCUGCCAGCUGGGACUCAGGAGGAAGCUGGAGAGACACAUUCAACUGCAGAAGAUCCAUCCUAGGCUUAACCAGGGUGUGCCAGUGGUGUGUGUGGUGGUGGAGGGCGGCCCUGGAAUUGUGUCCAUGGUGCUGGACUAUGUGAGCAGUGUGCCCCCCGUGCCUGUGUUCGUCUUCGAGGGAUCAGGCCGGGCGGCUGACUUGCUGGCAUUCUUACACAAACAGACCACUAUGGAUAGGCAGCUGGACACAGACAUCCAGGAGGACUUUCUUCUGAGGAUAGGGGGCAUGUUUGGUCUGGACAGAGCAGACGUCACCCAGCUCUACAACCUUCUGAUGGAGUGUAUGGACUACAGACAGUCUAUAACAAUCUUCGACUCGGAAUCCGAAGAUCAACAGGAGGCAGACUGCGCCAUUUUGACAGCCACACUGAAAGGUACCAAGGCAUCUCCGGUGGAGCAGCUCAGUACAGCUCUGGCUUGGGACAGAGCAGACGUGGCUAACAAACACAUCCAAGUGUACGGCCAGUACUGGCAGGUUGGCUCAUUGGAGCAGGCCAUGCUGGAUGCUCUCGUCAUGGACCGUGUUGGCUUUGUCAAACUGUUGAUCGACAACGGUAUGACCAUGAACCGCUUCCUGACCGUGUCACGUCUGGAAGAGCUCUAUAACACGCAACAGGGACCAACAGACAAUUUCCUCCAUCAACUUGUGGAAGAUGUGAAACAGAACCAUAUACCCAAAGGAUACAGAUACUCCCUCAUAGACGUGGGGCAGGUGAUUGAGUAUCUGAUAGGAGGAGCCUAUCGGAGCACAUACACACGGAAACACUUCCGGGCCUACUAUAAACGCCUACAAGCCCCUCUCCCUCCCUCCCUCCUCUCUCUCCUUUCUCUACAGGAGAGAUCCAUGGUGCCCAGGGAACUGAAGGAAGCCCAUCAGCAGAGCUCCAAGCUGGGCGACUCUUCUCUGGUUGUGUUCAACUUCAACGACCUGUUUGUGUGGGCCGUGCUGCAGAGACGCCAGCAGAUGGCGCUAUUCCUGUGGCAGCACGGGGAGGAGGCCAUGGUCCGGGCUACGGUGGCCUGUAAGCUGUACCGUGCCAUGGCCCACGAGGCUCAGCAAAGCAACAUGGAUGACAACACGACGGAGCAACUCAAAACCUACUCGCUGGACUUUGGUCAGCUGGCUGUGGAUGUGCUGGACAAUGCCUUCAGGCAGAACGAGCGCAUGGCCAUGAAGUUGCUGACCUCGGAGAUGGAGGCCUGGAGCCACUUCACCUGCCUGCAGAUGGCCAUGUCCUCCCAGCUCCGCCCCUUCGUCUCCCACUCCUGCACCCAGAUGCUGCUCACCGACCUGUGGACUGGUCGCCUCAACAUGAGGAAGAACUCCUGGUUCAAGAUCAUCCUGAGCAUCCUCAUGCCCCCUGCCAUCCUGCUACUAGAGUUUAAGAGCCAGGCGGAUAUGUCCCAUGUGCCCCAGUCCCAGGAGGCUUUGCAGUUUGUUUGGGACACGGGGAGACCAGAGGCAGACCAGGAGGAGGGGCAUACAUGUCUCUUCUGGACCAGGAGGCUGUACGAGUUCUACAACGCUCCUGUCGUCAAGUUCAUGUUCCACACGAUGUCCUACCUGGCCUUUCUCAUGCUGUUCUCCUACACUGUUCUGGUGAAGAUGGAGGAUCGGCCCAGCACUCAGGAGUGGCUGGUCAUUACCUAUAUUGUAUCCACCGCAGUGGAGAAAAUAAGAGAGGUGUUCAUGUCGGAGCCGAAGAAGCCCAGUCAGAAGCUGAAGGUGUGGUUCGGAGAGUACUGGAACGUGGCUGACUUCCUGGCCAUCCUCCUCUUCCUGGUGGGGCUGGCACUGCGCUGGCACAGUGGGUCCUAUCAGACAGCAGGGCGGGUCACCUACUGCCUGGACAUCAUCUUCUGGUACGUCCGGAUGCUGGACCUGCUAGCGGUCAACCAGUAUGCCGGACACUACCUCACCAUGAUCACCAAGAUGACCAGUAACAUGUUUUACAUUGUGGUUAUGAUGGCCAUCGUGCUGCUGAGUUUCGGCGUGUCCAGGAAGGCCAUCUUGUCUCCAGACGAAGCUCCAUCAUGGAGCCUGCUCAGAGAUGUGGUCAACCAGCCGUACUGGAUGAUGUUUGGAGAAGGGUACCCCGAUGAAAUAGACGCCUGUGCAGACGGCAAGUCGUGUGCACCCGGGGCCUUCCUCAACCCUUACCUCCAGGCCAUCUACCUCUUCGUCCAGUACCUCAUCAUGGUCAACAUCCUCCUUGCCUUUCUCAACAAUGUCUACUUUAAAAUGAAGUUCAAAUCCAAAAAGUUGUGGAAGUACAACCGCUACCGCUACAUUAUGACCUAUCAGGAGAAGCCGUGGUUGCCCCCGCCCUUCAUCAGCCUGUGUCACAUGACCCUGUGUAUGACCACCAUUUACCGGAAACACAGGGGCUCGUCUGAGAAGGAGAGAGACUCCUGUCGGCUUAAGCUUUACCUGGGCCAAGCGGAGCUGAAGAGGCUGCAUGAGUUUGAGGAGAGGUGUGUGAUGGCGUAUUUCCACAAGAAAAAACAAGAUGUUCUCUGCAGCCAGAUCCACAGGAUCCGAGCCACUGCAGAAAGGGCUGAGGAGAUGGGUGUAGUUAUUGGCGAGGUGUCUGAGAGGGUCCAUUUCAUCCAGGACACCCUGCAGGUGCUGGACAGCCAGCUGGGCCAGCUGCAGGACCUGUCCGCCCUGGCCGUGGACACCCUCACCCUCCUGUCGGCCUCUGACAGCCUGCAGCAGAAGGAAGCCCACCUGGGCCACUGCCGGCCAAUUGCCCCCUCCCAUCCCCACAGCUGGACCCUCCCCCACAUUGACAUCACGCCCUGCCACACCCCCAAGGCCUACCGCAGCACCCCACCCUCCCUGCUGCGGGGCCACACCUCCUCCCGCAGUCAACGCCCGCCACUGGAGUGGCACCCGGGGACCUGGGGGGUCGGCGGCCGUGGGGGGUGGGGGACUGGCGAGACAAAAGAGGAACAGGAGGAACAGAGUAUCAUGGUGCAUCACAGUGGCGAGGUAUGGCCGGUGGGAUACGGCUUUGCCCCCCAUGACUCUCUCCCUCACCUGGGCGGUUCAGGGCUUAGGGACAGGACCCCCUGUGAGUCAUCCCACUGUGGCUCUCCCCCGUAUCCCUGGGCCUGGGCUGUAGAGGGUUCUCUGGAACCCCCCCACUGCAAACCCUGGGCCUGCUGUGACCCUGAGAUGUCCAUGGAGGAGGAGGAAGAGCGGGAGGUUGGGCAGUCCUUUGAUGUGGAUGUGUCCAGGGCCUCUAGCCAUGCCUUUCUGUUGUUGGACCCCCAAGACGAGAGAGGCUGUGGGGCCAGGGGUUUGGUGAACCCUGCCUUCUGUAAGGAUGACGACCCUGGGGCAGCUUGCUCCAGACUGGGCCAGUGGGGCAGGAAGUGUCCUCGUCGGUGGGCGUGUCUUUCCAGGGACCAGCAGUACAGACACAGCCGCUCUCCUUCCUCUAGCGUGGAGUACAUGGCUCUAUCUAAUCCCCCCCUGAGGCCACUACAAGCCUCCUUCCCCUCCCUCGACUGCCUAUCAGGGGAGCGGAGCUUCACAGCUGACAUACCCCUUGGCUGCAGUAAAAGCAGAGAGUGGUCCAAGUCGUCUGACCUGGCAAUGACCUCAGGGAGCAGAGAGAGGUGUCAGGCCAGGAAGACAGUCAAGAUUUCGGAGGGGAGUUCUUCAGACGCUGACUCCAGUCAGUCCGUGUGGACCAACUGGGCCCGCUCUGUCUCAGUGCAGGGUGGGAUCACACCUGAAGACCUGGACCCACACUACUCAGCCAUGGAAAAGAACAACCUGAUGAGGCUUGCUCACACCAUACCUUUCACACCUGUCUCCAUAAUCGCAGGAGAGGUGGUGAGUGUCUACUCCCUGGAGGAGGUGGAAACUGCAGGUGCGGAGUCCUCCAUAAUCUCCUGGUUGCCCCGGGGGCUGUCUGCAGUGCUGCAGCCGCUGUCCAGCGAGGGCUGUCUAGACGGGGCUCUGCGUAGGACCAUGCGCGUGUUGUGUACCUGGGCCGAGGGGGACGUCCUGAGGGUGGGCUGCGUGUACGUGGUCAAAGCCUUCCAGCCCAAGGUGAUCUGCACCUGGCAGAGGGUCUUCCACAGCGACACCCCCCUCCAACUCUGUCUGCGGGAGAUACAGCAACAGAGAGCUGCUCAGAAACUCAUGCAUGUGUUCAAUCAAGUCAAACCAGAAAACGUGCCACAUUCUCCCAGAUUCCUGGAUGUGUCUCUUCUUCACUGUCAUUCAGACGGCCAGUGGUUGACCAUAGAGAGGAACCUGGUGGGAGACUUCAGGAAGUACAACAAUAACACAGGAGAGGAGAUCGCCCCCUGCUGUGGGAUGGAGGAAACGCUCCUGGCCUUCUCCCACUGGACCUACCAAUACUCCCGUAGAGAACUAAUGGUGCUGGACAUACAGGGAGUGGGGUUGGAGCUUACAGACCCAUCAGUCAUCCGAGCGGACAACAAAUGCUUGACUGGUGACAUGGUGUUUGGUCCUGCUAACCUGGGAGAUACUGCCAUCCAGAGCUUUGUCCUCAAACACACCUGCAACUCCUGCUGCAAGAACCUCAGACUCUCAGAUUUGAAGAGGAGCACGGACAGCUGUAGGAAAACAGAACACAGAUCUUCUGAAGAGGAAAGAGGAGUGAACAUGACCAGAGUGUAACCGCUUACUUGAAAGCAGAUGUACGCCAUCUUAACCUCUGGUUGGGUUGCCAUUAAAGCAUAGACACUGAUCUAAGUCGGUUUUGUUUUUUCUCCCUAAAUGGUUAUGGAUAGGAUUUGGGAAGGCUAAGCUGAUCCAGAGGUGUGCUUAAGGGCAACUUCUACCAGGAAUGAAAGUACUCACUUGGGGCUUUGAAUGGAUAGUGUACAUUGUAUAACUUUAUGUGGACUACCUCUUGCGUUAGAUGGCUGGUAGGGCUUUGGUUGUAAUAACGGUUAACAUUGCACUAGUCUCAGCAGCAAGCCAGAUGCCGUAGUCUUCCAUUCGUUCCACCUAUGGAGUGCAUAGUGGAGGGAGGCCAAGGUGAAUUAAUGUUAUGUUCAUACACUCCCCUCCGUAUUUAUUUGGACAGUGAAGCGAAAUUUGGCCCUAUACUCUAGCAUUUUGGAUUUGAGAUCAAAUGUUUCAUAUGAGGUGACAGUACAGUAUGUAAACUUUAAUUUGAGGGUAUUUUUUGAAAUUAAAGCACUUUAUUGAACUAGUCGCCCCAUUUGAUGGUGUCAUAAGUAUUUGGACAAAUUCACUUAUAGUGUAUUAAAGUAGUCAAAAGUUGAGUAUUUGGUCCCAUAUUCCUAGCAUGCAAUGACUACAUCAAGCUUGUGACUCAACAGGAAACCGUCUUUAGAGACACUGACCAAAUUGCUCUGGCUGGACUCAAGCAUGUUAUUCUUUUGGAAAUUAAAACAAAACUUCAUUUAAAAAAAGACGAUUUAUUUAUCAGAGACAUUGCACAUUAAACAUUCAAUCUGGGAUUUGUUUUUCAGCAUAACAGACCCUCUCAAAUUCAUGAAAUCAUUUUUUUUUUCUGUUUUCAAACACUUGUGUAUGUGUGAAAUCAUAUUUUCAUUUUUUAGCAAUGUUGAAUGCAAAAAUGUAUUGUUAUGCUGCUUAGGUUCAAAGUGGUUACAUGAAAAAACAAUGCUUCUCAUCUUUGGAAAAUAAGCAUUGACAUAACUCGGCUGACGCAUGGUUUAUGGCUUACACAAGAAUAACUAAAUCUGGUCUCUUGGUAGUUGGAAUUUGCACGGCUCAGACUCAAACUAUUACAAUUAUUAUAAUUGAUAGCACAGACGUUUAGAUACUGUUAUUAGUCCUUCGCUUAUAGUGCAGUUCUCAUUGAAGAUGUCAGCAUUGUAACCCUUAAAAUGCUAGUUUGUCUUUGUGUGUUUGUGUGUGUGAAUGGAAAAAGAACAAGACAGAAAUGCAUCCAUAACAUUUCUUUUAUUUUUCUUCCCACAAAGAAAUGUCUACAAAAGCGAUAAAAUAUAGAAUUUAACAAAAAUCA